AUGAUGAUACAUACAGAAAAGGCAACUAAGAAGAAUGAUAAAACUGAUGACAAGCUAGAAUCCCUCUACAUUCAAGAAGAGGUAGAAAAUCAACUUUCGUUCAAUAAAGCUCCAAGAGAUGAGCUAACAAUAGAGGAUCCAGCUCGAACCUUUGCUUUGCAAAAGUCUGAUACAAGUGAGAAAAAAAAUACUCUGCCUAAUAUAGAUGAUGAAGGCUUUAUCACAGUAUCUAAUAAGAAGAAAAAUAAUAAAAAAAUCACUAAAAGCAGGUCGAAUCAGGAUAUUAUAGGAUCUACCUCAUACCAAAAAGGCAAAGAUGGGUGCAAAGCCACCUCACAAUAA